UAUUCUUUCCCGUCCGAAGCGCCCUUGACUUUUGAACUUCGCGGGGUUUUGCGCUGACUUCGUCGUCCUCCCCUCGCUGUGAGCUCUGCACUGCAAGUAAGCCCUAAAGAUUCCAUCUUUCUGAGAUUCUCUCGCCCCCUCCCUCUUUCCAUGUCAUGCAAGCAUCGGAAAUGAGAGCCUUGAGAACGCUCUGCACCCACAAUCACCUCCUCCAUCCCACCUCCAAACCCACAUCCCUCGCCUACUUCAAGCCCCUCCAGAACCCCCGUCUCUACCGCGGCAUCCACUCCACGAAUCGCCGCCUCCUCUCUCGAGACCCCGGCCUCGCGCCCUUGUCCUCGGGCUCCGAGUCGGAGGCCAGCGACGCCGCCCCCGGUGUCGGCAACGUCUACGACCCUUCUGCCCGCUGGGUCAGAAGCAGCGGCGGGGAAGCUGGGUCGGGUCCCGAGAGCGAAGCAAGGAGCAGGAAUGGCGAAAUCCCCGAAGAAAGGAAGUAUUUUGGAGGUGGUAGGAGCUCGUAUGGUGGGAGCGGUAAGAAGGGGAGGAAGAGGAGUUGUUGGGUUUGUUCGGAAUGUGGGUACACGGAUGGACAGUGGUGGGGUUCGUGCAGGUCGUGCCGUAGCGCCGGGACGAUGAAGCAGUUCACGGUGGAGGAGAACGGCGGCGGGAGCGAGAAAGUGAGGGGCUUCGAGGUGUCGGAGAAUGCGGUGAGGACGUGGCUGCCGCGGCGGGCGGGCGAGGAGCGGCCGCUGCGGUUGACGGAUGUGAAUAGGGGGUUGAAUCAGUUAGAGUGGCGGAUUCCUCUGUAUGGACCCUUUGGAGAGGAGGUUUCGAGAGUGCUAGGCGGUGGUCUUGUGCCAGGUUCCUUAAUUUUGGUGGGAGGUGAUCCAGGUGUUGGCAAGAGUACCCUGUUGCUACAAAUGGCUGCAAUGAUUGCCGAAGGGCAUGAUCUUGGGAGAUCAGCUCCAGUAGUAUAUGUCUCUGGGGAAGAGAGUGUGGAGCAAAUUGGAAGCAGAGCUGACCGUCUAAGCAUUGGAACUGAAGAACUGUAUUUGUACUCAAGCACUGAUAUUGAGAAAAAAAUUCAAGCUCUUUCACCUCGAGCUUUGAUUGUCGAUUCAAUUCAGACAGUUUAUCUAAAAGGAGUGGCUGGAAGUGCUGGAGGUCUCUCACAGGUGAAAGAAUGUACAUCAGCAUUGCUUCGUUUUGCAAAGAAGACAAACAUUCCUGUUCUAUUGAUUGGACAUGUGACAAAAUCUGGAGAAAUUGCUGGUCCCAGAGUUUUGGAGCACAUUGUGGAUGUCGUUUUGUAUCUGGAAGGAGAGAAGCACUCUACCCAUCGUCUGCUGCGAUCCGUGAAAAAUCGCUUUGGGUCCACUGAUGAGCUUGGUGUAUUUGAAAUGUCACAAUCGGGACUAGAAGCUGUCUUGAAUCCCAGCGAGAUCUUAUUAAGUGAAGAGCAUUCUGAAUCAGAAGUCAUGGCUGGAUUAGCUGUUGCUGUUGUGAUGGAUGGAUCCCGAACCUUUCUUCUUGAAAUUCAGGCCUUAUGUUUAUCAAGCUCUACAGUUUCAAGACAGGUCAAUGGCAUCCAAGCAAGUAGAGCAGACAUGAUUAUUUCGGUUUUAGUGAAGCAAGCUGGUUUGAAGCUUCAGGAAAAUGCCAUCUUCUUAAAUGUGGUGAGUGGAGUGACAUUAACAGAGACGUCUGGUGAUCUUGCCGUAGCAGCAGCAAUCUGCAGCAGCUUUCUUGAGUUUCCCAUUCCCUCCGGCGUUGCUUUUAUUGGAGAGAUUGGCCUCGGCGGCGAGCUUCGCGUGGUUCCCAGAAUUGAGAAGAGGGUGCACACUGUGGCAAAGCUCGGAUAUAAAAUGUGUAUCGUCCCAAGGUCAGCUGAGAAGGCUCUCGCGAGUUCAUCCUUCGGGGACAUGUUCAUCGUAGGGUGUCGGAAUUUGAAGGAAGUCAUAAACGCCGUGUUUACCGCAUGAACUGACCGAGGCGAGAUCGGUUUGUGAUCGAUCAUUACAUACUCAUUCGGAGAAAUGUGACAUUUACAGAUCACAUUGGAGUCUCCACCGUCACGUGGUCGAGAAGGUCAGGUCCGUUAAGAGCUUGAAAGGGGGUUUAUGAUAUGGAGGUUGCACUCAUUGAUAUCAGAAGAUUAAAAAAAAACUCUGGCUGUGAAGUAAAAAUUGUGAGUAUCUCUAUGAUAUCUUCAAUGUCUUUUUUACCGGUACAGUUUACAUAUUAGCUCGGGUCCUGUAAAGUGAUCAAGGACGUUGUCGAAAUGCUUGUUUUGCAACUUUUUGUGUAAUUUCUGGAAUCUUUUACUGCACAUUCAUGUGUAAAAAAGGUGGCGGUUGAGUUCGAUUUCAGAUCUCACUGCUUCUACA